AAUGAUGAAUCAGUCUUUUCUACAAAUGUUCAUGUUUGUCUUACACUCCAAAUACGUCUGCAAAUUAACAACUUCCACAAAACUCCACCGUCCACCACUUUCAAUAAUUUUCAUCUUUUUCUCUUUAUAUUCCAAACCUUAAAUUUCACACUAACACAAACCCACCUUAAUAAUUCUCAUCAUUUCUAAAAAAAUAUAUAAAAAGUUUUAAAAAAAAUGUCCAAAACUAUAGUUGAUGAAUGUCGUGGUGUUCUUCAUGUCUAUAGCGAUGGUUCAAUAGUUCGAAAGUUAAACCCAGCCUUUAACAUCCCUGUUGAAGAAAACGGCACCGUUUUAUGGAAAGAUGUUGUUUUUGACUCAGCUAAUAAUCUUCAACUUCGGCUUUAUAAGCCAGCUAAUACAAUAAACUCCAAGCUUCCAAUUUUUUACUACAUUCAUGGUGGCGGAUUUUGUAUCGGCUCGCGGACAUGGCCAAAUUGUCAAAAUUAUUGCUUUAAGCUCGCUUUGGAGCUUCAAGUUGUGGUUGUUGCUCCUGAUUAUCGGCUUGCACCGGAGAAUCGGCUACCGAGUGCAAUUGAAGAUGGUUUUAUGGCUGUUAAGUGGCUUCAAGAAGAAGCUUUGAGUAGUACUGAGCCGGAUCCUUGGUUGAGCCAUGUGGCUGAUUUUAGUCGGGUUUUUAUUUCGGGUGACUCGGCUGGUGGUAAUAUAGCUCAUGAUUUGGCGGUUCGGCUUGGGUUUGGGUCGGCUGAGUUGGCGCCGGUUCGGGUUAGGGGUUAUGUUUUGUUGGCGCCGUUUUUUGGUGGAACUGUUCGGACUAAGUCAGAAGCUGAAGGACCAAAUGAUGCUUUUCUCAAUUUAGAACUUAUUGACAGGUAUUGGAGGCUUUCAAUACCCAUUGGGGAGAAUACAGAUCACCCACUUGUGAAUCCAUUUGGACCCCAUAGUAAGAGUCUUGAGGAAAUUGAUCUUGACCCAAUUCUAGUAGUGGUUGGAGAAAAUGAUUUGCUUAAAGACAGGGUAGAGGAUUAUGCAAGAAGGCUUAAGAAUUGGGGUAAAAAUAUUGAGUAUGUUGAAUUUAAAGGACAACAACAUGGGUUCUUUACUAUUGAUCCAAAUUCUCAACCAUCAAAAGAGUUGAUGUUGAUCAUCAAACAAUUCAUUGAGAAGAAUUAAGGGAAAGUUUAUGAGAGCUUCAAACAUUACUACAUGCAACUAUAAUAUAAGCUAAUUAAUUGCAAGUUUAGUCUAUGAUUAGAUUUCAUUUGGAUAAUUUCAAUUGUGGGUUUUAUUAAGUUAUGAGGAUUUGCGUAAACAUUAAAAA